AUGAGAAAGAUCGAAGAGGCAAUGCCUCAGGCGGCAUCAUGGGCCGGCACCCCAUCAAUCAAAGGCUCGACAGAGUCCAUUCGGAUGGCACUGUUGACUUUCAGUCUGAUCGGCUUACAGUUUACUUGGGGCAUUGAGAUGACCUAUUGCACCCCUUACCUCCUCCAACUCGGCCUCACUAAGAGUCGAACAUCGCUGGUAUGGAUCGCGGGACCUUUAUCAGGACUGAUCAUGCAGCCGGUGGUGGGAGUGCUGGCAGACAACUCGAGAUCGAAAUGGGGGAGACGGAGACCAUUCAUGAUUGGGGGAUCUCUGAUCGUGGCUGUCUGUCUAUUGGUACUAGGGUGGACUGGGGAGAUAGUGCGGCUGUUUGUAAGGGAGCCGGAAACGGCGAGGUCAUGCACGAUCGCCCUGGCUGUCCUUAGUAUCUACGCCGUGGACUUUGCUAUCAAUGCAGUCCAGUCUUCAUGCCGAAGUCUCAUCGUCGACACUCUCCCAAUUGCAAAGCAGCAGCUUGGUUCUGCCUGGGCAAGCAGGAUGAUUGCCAUUGGCCAUCUCAUAGGCUAUGGCGCUGGAACCUUGGAUCUUGUCAGCAUUUUCGGAAAUGUUUUGGGGGACUCUCAGUUCAAGCAAUUGACCGUGAUUGCUGCUUUUGUUUUUCUCCUUGCCAUAGCCAUCACGUCGUGGGCUGUCGAAGAGCGGGUUUUGAUCUCAGCAAGGGACGACGGUGCCAAGACAGGGGCAGUGAAGAUGAUAAGCAAGAUCUUGAAGACUACCAUGCACCUACCAGACCGGAUACAAGCAAUCUGCUGGGUCCAAUUCUGGGCAUGGAUCGGCUGGUUUCCUUUCCUCUUCUACUCCACCACCUGGGUCGGUGAAGUCUACUUCCGCUACCACCCCGAAACCAAUGCCUCCGCCUCCAAAGACGCCCUCGGCGACGUUGGCCGUGUUGGCUCCCUGUCCCUCGUUGUCUUUUCCAUCAUCACUUUCAUCGCGUCCAUCCUCCUACCCUUCGUCGUUCAAUCCCCGGAUACCUCCCGCUCUCGACCGUUCACCCCGCGGCCGCCGGCCUUCCUAGGACCUUUCGCUCCCAUAGUCACUGCACUCAACAAAUACAAACCCGACCUCUUGACCGCCUGGCAAGUUAGCCACAUCAUCUUCGCAGGUGCCAUGUGUAUGGCUCCUUUUGUGCGAAGCUUGCAAAUGGCUACAGUUAUCGUGAGUAUCUGCGGUAUCCCCUGGGCCUUGGCCUGCUGGGCACCCUUCGCCUUUAUGGGGGUGGAGAUAAACCGCCUUACUACGCCUUCGACUAUGCUCGCAAACGGCUCCUCCUACCGCCGCCUCUCCAACUCCAACGACGACUUCUCCUCGCCUGCGCCCUCACCAACAUUCUUACGCCUCAAUCAUCUCGACCGAGACGACGAUUCGUCCGGCGGUGACUCCUCAACCGGCGAGACAGCUGGUAUAUACCUCGGCAUUUUGAAUCUUUUCACCACUUUGCCGCAAUUUGUAGGCACGUUCAUAAGCAUGAUUGUUUUUUCCAUCCUCGAACCGGGCAAGAGUCCGGAACUACAUGAGGAUCUGGGAGAGGAGGAUGUGGCAAAGGCAGCUGAUGGGCCGAAUGCUAUUGCAGUUUGUCUAUUCAUUGGUGCAAUUAGCGCGGUGGGCGCGGCCUACGCUACAACGAGGCUGAAGGCUGGGUCAAAAUAA